UCCCACGCACGUAUGGCAGAGGAACGUGGGACAAGCGGCCCCAGCUGCCCCGUCGCCGCCCCGGACGCGCAGGCUGCGGCGGGGCUCGGUGGGGCAGAGCCCACCCGCCGUCCCCGGGCGGCGGGCGGUGACCCGAGGUUGUGCCCAUCCGAAGGGGAAACCAGAGUCCCGUGACAGGCGCCGGCCCUGCCCCAAGAGCAGCUGCCAAGUUAGCACUUUUAUGAAUGCCGUUCCCUUGGCGCUUUGCUAGGAACGGAGGCAGACCUGGCCUUCCCAGCGGGCUGACACCGGUCACAGCAGGGCAGCACCUGCUGUCUCAGUAGCCAUGUACAGUACAGGUUCUGUAACUGGCUGCAACGUAAUACUUUCUUCAUGUAGUCGUAUCUACCUGCACAGGCAGUCAAGCAAUCAACAGCGAAGAUGCUUCUUUUUUCAGGGACAAAGAAGGUCUGCUUAUAGUAUUGUUUGGCCAGCCACAGUUUCUCCAGCUCACCCGGUUCCUAAGCACAUAAAGAAGCCAGACUAUGUGACGACAGGCAUUGUACCAGACUGGGGAGACGACAUAGAAAUUAAGAAUGAAGAUCAGAUUCAAGGGCUUCGUCAAGCUUGUCAGUUGGCCCGUCAUGUCCUGCUUCUGGCUGGAAAGGGCUUAAAGGUUGGCAUGACAACUGAAGAAAUAGAUUCCAUUGUUCAUCAUGAAAUAAUCAGACAGAAUGCCUAUCCGUCACCUCUGGGCUAUGGAGGUUUUCCAAAAUCUGUUUGUACUUCUGUAAACAACGUGGUAUGUCAUGGUAUUCCUGACAGUCGACCUCUUCAGGAUGGAGAUAUUAUCAACAUUGAUGUCACGGUGUAUUACAAUGGCUACCAUGGUGAUACUUCUGAAACCUUUUUGGUUGGCAAUGUGGAUAAAACUGGUCAAAAGUUAGUGGAGGUUGCCAGGAAAUGUAGAGAUGAAGCAAUUGCAGCUUGCAGACCAGGGGCUCCCUUCUCUGUAAUUGGAAACACAAUCAGCUCCCUGGCGUGGCAGGGCUGCUUCCAGGUCUGCCCUUCAUUCGUCGGCCACGGCAUCGGGUCGUACUUCCAUGGGCACCCCGAGGUGUGGCACCACGCCAAUGACAGUGAUUUGUUAAUGGAAGAGGGAAUGGCGUUCACAAUAGAGCCAAUAAUAAUGGAAGGAUCCCCCGAAUUUAAGAUUCUGAAGGAUAAAUGGACUGCAAUUUCGGUAGACAAUAAAAGAUCAGCGCAGUUUGAACAUACCAUUGUGAUUACCUCAGAGGGAGCAGAAAUCCUCUCUAAACUGGUGGAAGAAGCCUAAAGAUGGAGCAAGGAGUGGAAGGACUCGCUGUGCUUCUGGGAUUUCCAGUUUCACUCAGGACAGAGAGGAAAUUUCUGUAAUGUCUGUGGGGAAUGGGUGCUGUGUAAGUCACUGCAGGGGACAGAAAAAGCAGCUUGAGGGGUCGGCUCUGGACGUAGUCCUUCUGUGUGUUACCUGGUGAGUAUUUAAUAAAAAGUCCCUUGGCUUGUUUGUGACCCUGGAAGCAGCCAUGCA